UCCUCACGAUUCCUAGCUCAAUUAUUUAGAAUUGUGGAUCUGGCUCAUCAGGCCGUGGUCGAUGGAAUUCCGACCACCAAACGCGACAUGUACUACAAGGAUGUCCCACUUUUCAAAUCCCAAAGUGUUGUCGACCGCUUCAUCGACGACAUCGCUGCCACCAUAGGAGUCGGAAGGGCUGACUUAAACGUCCGGGCAUCAUCUAAGGGCCUUGUUUGCGGCUCUGGUCUUUGCAUACAGCUUGUUGGGGAUGAGAUUCUCCGCGCGACUGAUUCUGAGGGCACACUUAUUCCUACCGCCGAGGAUAUUGUCCGCUUUGAGCUUGAACAAGAUGUUUCAUGGGUCCUCAUUGUCGAAAAAGAGGCUGUGUUCCAAACGCUUUGCAGACUACGCUUUACUAAGCACCAAUCUCUUCCCGGACCCGGUCUCAUCAUAACAGGUAAAGGCUACCCGGACUUGGCCACCCGGCAGCUUGUCAAGACCCUAUCGGACAAUCUUCCUCCAAGCAUACCGAUUUUGGCUUUGGUUGAUGGUGAUGCUUAUGGGUUGGAUAUCGUAUCCACAUACAAGUUCGGAAGCCAUGCCAUGCAACAUGAGCGCGAAGGCCUAGCAGCCAGCAGGGUGGUGUGCAUCGGGAUAUGGGCGAGCGAAUUAUCAAAGCGAGAACCUUCAUUAUUUUUGGGAGCUCCUAACUCACUGAACUACAUUAGAUUGGGUAUCGAUAAGGACAUGCUAAUCCCGAUAUCAAACCAUGACGAGAAGAAGGCCAUCAAAAUGCUUCAGAGACCUCCUGACAUGCUGCCAGUUAAGUGGAAGAAGGAGUUGAUGGCUAUGUUGCACACCCGACGUAAGGCUGAGACGGAAAUCCUGUCCUCAGUCAACAUGGACGGCUUCGAGGGUGCAAAGCAUGACAAGCAUCCAAUUCUUCAGUACUUGGCGACCAAGAUCAACGAACACAUCGCUUCCUUGGUCUCUUGA